AUGGGAAAGAAAUCAUUAUUUUGUAAUAAUAAUACUGGAGAAAUAGUUUUGUCAGCAAUUAAAAAGUUGAUGAAAAACACAGGAUGGACUGCUCGAACAAUAAUUAAAUUUAUCAAACUGGAAUAUCGUGUACGUGAUCCGAAGAUUAGCCGUAAAGUAUCAAGAGCAUUAAAACGUGGAGUUAAGUUGGGACUGCUUCAAAUGGAACGCGGGAGAUACCGAUUGAAUGACAUGUGCCGGCUCACACAUCCUGUUGGUGCUCGGGAAAUACGUUUACGUCAGGGGCCAAAACUACGAACAUUACGAGUACGGAGCCGCUCACCUACUCCCUCUUACAACUAA